AUGGCUUUAUUUUUCAAAGUCGUAAGGUUCUUUGCGAAAAAGAAGCCGAAAAUCCUGCCAAAGAUCGAAUACACUAAUGGAGAAAAAGUAAUUUUAGCUUGGACUGGCAUGCAUGACCUAAUAAGAAUCAGCUCAGUUGCAAUCUGUGGAUAUAUUUAUUACCUCUAUCAUGUUGACCCUGACACUCUGUCUGGAGCUUUAAGAAGCUACAGUUUACCUAUUUUUUGUGCAUUAGGCAGCUUUGUAAUUCAUAGGUUUUCGAAAUUUUGCUAUAAAAUCGUCCUGAUUGAAGGAGGCCAAAUAAUUCGAAUCGAAAAAUAUCCAUGGUUCGGCUUUGGACACACUACCAAGGACCUAAUCCCAGUAACUGCAGUAAACGGAGUAACACCUUAUGGAAUACAAAGUUGAAGGAAUCCAUUGAGAUGGGGAAGAGGAUAUUACAAAUUUAUGUACCAAAAACAAACACUUUUCAAAAAGCCAAUACAAGCUUAUGCGAUUUUUUCAGUCAAAAGUGACUAUGAUAGAGAAAUUUUUAAGCUUGUUGCUAUUGGGAAACCUGUUACGGAAAGCAAUUUAGAAGCUCUUAAAAAGGUUGAAUUUAACUUUUAA